AACUGCACCUUCUCCAUUGUCUUGAAGUCCACCCCGGUGAAGACAUUUCCUAGAAAAGGCACAGACAGAGGUCCAGGGGGGAACUUGGGGGGCGCCCAGGUUUUAACAAUGUCAAUUAAAAGCAGUAAAACAAAACCAAACACCAGCCAACUGUUAAAGUCCAUGCGGUCGAAAAGAGCCUGAAAUAUCAUGAUGGAUGAAGAUGAUAAAAUAAAAAAUAAAAAAAUCUGCUAUUUUGGAAAAAGUUUGCUUCCUACUGCAAAGCUGCAGAGCGCUGAAGCAAAUGGGAAACGAGGGGAAAGGAGCAGGAGAAAGACCUGAACAAGUGUUGCAUAACUGCCAGGCCCAUGGGACCCUUGGAAUGGAAAAACAAGGCUGGAAUUGGAAGGCUGCCAAAUGGCUCCUCCUAUACAUACAGCGCUUUAGAAAGAAUCAAAGAUUGUUGGACAUUAACUAAAACUGACACUAAUACACUGCUAGUUCCCUUCAACUUGUGGAGAAAUUAAUAAUUAAAGGAACAAAACAAUGUAAAAAAAGAAAAAAAGAAACAAGAUGCUUUUAUUUUGAAAGGCCGACAGACAGGCAGACUGAGUAUUUAUCUGCAGAUCGCAGCUAAACUCGCUCAGUCGCGACCAACUAUGGAGGCGAUUUAUGCCGUUUUGGGCUUGGAGUGGCUCGACUGCACAAGUGUGCUGCUUUUCUUGUUUGUCUUCCUGCUGUUGAGCGAUGUUCUGACGAACAGAAAACCGAAGAACUUUCCUCCCGGCCCGCAUUCUCUGCCUCUUAUAGGAGAUCUGCAUCGCAUCAAACCCGCCAUACUUCAUCUGCAGGUCAAAGAGUUUGCAGCAAAAUAUGGAAAUGUUUUCAGCCUUAAUAUUUUUGGUGGAAAAACUGUGGUCCUGAAUGGGUCCAAGCUCUUGAAAGAGGCCCUGAUCCAGCAAGGAGAUGACUUUGUAGAUCGCCCUGAAAUCCCUCUUUUUUCGGAAUUAACAGAAAACAGAGGUAUUGUGAUGUCAAAUGGAAACCAAUGGAAACAUCAGAGGAGAUUUGCUCUUCAUACACUCAGAAACUUCGGUCUGGGGAAGAAAACAAUGGAGAAAUAUAUUCAGGAGGAAUGUCACUAUGUCACCCAAGCUUUUGCCGAUCAUCAAGGGAAGCCUUUUGAUGCUCAGCCACUGUUAAACAGUGCUGUCUCCAACAUCAUCUGCUGUUUGGUGUUUGGGGAACGGUUUGAGUACUCUGAUGAGGAGUAUAAGCAAAUUCUUCAGGACCUUAACGAGGCUGUGAAACUGCAGGGAAGCUUCGCCGCACUGGCAUACAACAUAUGUCCCUGGCUGAUGAAGAGGUUUCCUGGACCUCUUCAGAAACUAUUUGCUGUGGUAGAGAAGUUAAUGGACUUUGUUAAAGUCAAGAUUGAAGAACACAAAGAAAAACUUGACCCCUCUUCUCCAAAAGACUACAUCGACUCUUUUCUCAUUGAGAUGGAGAAGAAUCAAGACGAAGACGCUGGGUUUGAUAUCAAAAAUCUUUGCGCAUGCUCAUUAGACCUGUUCGGAGCUGGAAGUGAAACAACAACCACCACAUUAUACUGGGGACUACUAUUCAUGAUCCAUAAUCCCGAAAUACAAGAGAAGGUCCAGGCUGAGAUCGACGCUGUGAUUGGUUCCUCCAGACAACCGUCCAUGGCUGAUAAAGAAAACAUGCCCUACACUGAAGCAGUCAUCCAUGAGAUCCAGAGAAUGGGAGACAUCGUCCCCAUUGGUGUUGCCCGCGUGGCCAGCAGAGACACCACCUUGAAUAACUACACCAUUCCCAAGGGCACCAUGAUAAUGCCUGCACUUCACACGGUCCUCUCUGAUGAGUCUGUGUGGGAGACGCCACACACCUUCAACCCACAGCACUUUCUGAACCCGGAUGGUACCUUCAGGAAAAGAGAGGCCUUCUUUCCUUUUGGUGCAGGUAAACGUGUGUGUCUCGGGGAGCAGCUGGCCAGGAUGGAGUUAUUCCUGUUUUUCACCUCCUUCCUUCAGAGGUUUAAGUUUUCUGGAGCCGGAGGAGAACUACCCCCUCUGGAGGGCCGGAUGGGAACCAUUCGAGCUCCAAAAUAUUACAAUCUCUGUGCCGUCCCUCGCUAAACCAUGAAACAUCCGAAAGUUACCCCAAGAAAAAGAACAGAGUUCAAAAUCAGUGUGAAGAUUUCAGUAAAAUAUUAUUUGAAGUCAUAUGUUAAUUAAACUUUAUAAAUCUUUAUAUAAAGAUAUUUGUUAUUUCUCAAUUUUGCAAUCGUCCUAUGACAAAAUCUAUGUAAAUGGUCAAUUAUGCUUCCAUUACUCUGAAGCACAUUGAAUGGAAUAGAAGAUGAAAUAAAUAAAUAAAAUAAUAAAUUAAGAUAUUCGUUGCAGACAGAUGUUUAGAGAGUGUCUCAAAGAUCCACAAAGCAACAAAUCCUUAGAAAAGAUUUCUAGAUAAACAAAUUAGCAAAAAAGAGAAAGGAUUGAUCUAUGUUCUGAAAAAAAUAUUCUUGUAUUUUACCUAAAUUUUUGCUCGUAAACCCACAGAUGUUUAGGUUUCAAUGUACUUUUAUUCACUUAGGUCUUCCAAAAAAAUGAUACCUUUUUAUACUUAACAAAAAAUUUUGAUUUAAAAAUGUUUUAACCAAUAUGUAAUUUUUCUAAAAUCCUUCCUAAAGAUAAAGAAUUUCAGAUGAUACUUAAACAGGCUUGACACUUUUCUUUCUAUUAUCAUUUUUACUGAUUGUAAUGUAUGGUCUGUGCUGUCUCAAUUUUGUUUUGAAAAACACAAUGUUAAAAUAUAAAAGGGGUUUCCAGGAGGGUUACCUGAAGCAGUGACAAAAAUACUACUAUAAAGUAUUAUCAUGAGUCAGUGUUUUAGCUAAUUGUUUUAACCUUCGUCAUGUAAUGAGUUGGUUCAGAAGCUUCCUCCAUAAACACCGUCAGCACUGAAUCCCUCUACUAUAUUAUCUCAAGUAUUAGUCUUGACCUAAAAGCAUUGCUCAAAUUAUCCACUUGUUUUGUUUUUUUUUUUUUUAAUUUUGAGUUCAUCUCUUAUAAACUCCAUUGGAUUCCAUGUAUUUGUAUUUUGUAUUAUUGUAUUUCUUCCUAUGAUUCAUCAUAAUAUAACAGGUUUCUUUACUUUUCUCUUUCCCAUUUACAUGUUUUGCACGAAAAACUAGAUAUGCUAAAUAUAAAACAUAUCAUGGAUAAUAAAAAUGCAGAGUUAAUACAAAA